AGAUAACAUGGAAAAGCAGUGUUGUCACAACUCAUAAAAGUAGAGGCAAGACAAACCUUGGCGCACUUUAGCAACCGCAUUCCUACUAAAAUACGCCACUCUUCCUCUACCCUGUUUCCCUCCACCAUCCCUUCCCUCUCCUUCAAGUCUCUUAUCGUUUUCAAUCACACAGUGAUUACACUCUCAAAACACGCACAUAAAUACCAUUCGAUCGAGGUUUACGGAGUUUUACCGAAGAAAAGUAGCGAGCGAAUGUGCAGUGAAGUUGAACAAUGGCGGUGUUGUCACCUUCUCUGCAAGGCAGUUUCUCUGCCACUUCUUCUAAGUUUCCCGUUGUGAGGUCCAGUUUGUUUAAGCAAAGGUCAUUCAGAUGCCAAAAGAGGGGUCAUUCUGCAUGGAUCAUCAGAGCGGUAAUGAACAAAGAAUCGAGCAUCAACGAUGACGAGGCAAUAGAACCCACAAGGAUUCUUCUAGAAAGACUCUUUGUCCAAACACAGAAGCUCGAAGAGAAAAUCGGUAAAGAUUUGAAUCUACCUCAGGAUAUCCAGUUGGAACUGAAUCUUGGAACGCUGGAAUCAGAUCUUCAGGAAGCCCUAACUGUUUUAAGAAAAAAAGUUGAAAAUUUAGAAGACGCUGAAAACAAAUUGCUCUCAGAAUAUCGUGAACUAAGAGAAGCAAAAGAGGACUUGCGUAAACGGGAAGCAGUUAUAGAAUCCACAUUAUUGAGGCAGGAGAUGCUUGAAAAUGAGCUAAAACAAGCUAAUCUUGAUUUGGCAUUUCAAGCAACCGAAAUCGAGAAUCUAAAACUUCAACUUGAAAAGCAAGAUAAGGAGAUAACUGCAGCCCAAUCGGCACUUGUAUUGAAACAAAACGAGAUCGAUGUCAUGGUCAACGAGUUGAGAUUAAAGACUGAAGAAGACGCAAAUAUCGAAUCCGAGCUUAGGUUAAAAAACCAGCUUUUGGUCGAGACUAAAGAAAUAGUGAAUAAACAAACACUCGAGAUUGAAGAACUGAAGAAAGCUGUUGAGGAGAAAGAUGAAGAAGUACGAAUUGCUAUGGCGCUUUUUGAAAUUGAAGAAGAGAAGCUGAAAGUUGUUGAGGGAAAUUUGGAAAAACAAACGUUGGAUUGGCUUUUAGCUCAUGAAGAAUUGAAGAAUUUAGCAGAUGAAGAAUCUGAACGUGCAGUUGACCAUAACAAAAAUUUACAAGAAUUUACGAGAGUGAAAAAGCUACUUGCUGACGUGAGGUUAGAGUUGGUAUCGUCGCAGGAAUCUCUAACUUUAUCUAGAAAAAAAAUGGAAGAUCAACAAGAGGUUCUCGAAAAGAAGCUUUUAGAACUUGAAGAAUAUCGAGAAUGCUUGAAUUCAUAUGUUAAAAGUCUUGGAGAUGCUGAGGUGGAAGUUGAAAGUGAAAGAGCUAAGCUUAGAUUAGCAGAGGCUCGGAAUCAAGAACUUAAACGGGAUUUAUCGAUUGAGAAAGACGUAAUCAAGGAGUUACAGAAUCAACUGAAUGAGGAAAAACGGUCUUUGUUACAAGCAACUGAAGAAUUGUCGGUUCUUAGAGACGAACUGGACCGGAAAACAUCAGAAUACAAGUCAAUGCGAAACGCUCUCGAGUCUAAAGAGUCUCAACUUGUGGAAGCAAAAUUAGAGAUUCAACAGUUAAAAUCCAAGCAGGCGUUUCUCGAGGUAAUGUUGAUGGAGAAAGAAUCCGAACUAUCUCAAUCACAAGAAAUGUUGAGUGAAGUGAAUCAAGAAAUCUUGAAUCUAAAAGCGCUUCUAAGCGAUAGAGAAACCGAACUUACCGAAACUACAACAAUGCUAAAAGAAAAAGACAAACUGGUUGAAAAGAUCCAGCAUGACCGAAACGAGUCAAAUUUGAAGUAUGUUGAAGCCACAACCGUUGUAGAACGGAUUUUCGAGCUUACAAACAAAGUCGUGAGUAGUAUUGAACACGAAGGCAGAAUUUUAUCCAAAGAGAAACAGCUUGAAACCGAACUUGAUUUGAUCAUGGAAACAUUAAGGUCACGGGAAAUGGAAGUUUUACAGACCCGAAGAGCACUUACAGUCAAAGAAAACGAGCUUAAAAUGGCUCUGGAUAAACUAAACGAACGUGAGAACGAGAUGAAGGAAAUGAAGCAAGAACUGACAAAAGAUGCUGAUGACUUGAGGAAGCUUUACGAAAUGGUGCAAGAGAGAAUCGGUGACAAAAGCAUCGGUGAAUUGGCAAUUGAAAAGCUGGAACUAGAAGCUGCUCAACUUGAAGUUGAAGCUGCAACAAGUGCUCUUGAGAAACUUACCGAGAUGAGUCGGGAGCUUGUACGUACAACUAGUUUACUUAUCGAUGCUGAUUAUGAUCUUGAUGUUUCAACAAAAAACAUUCCCGAAAGGGAGGUUCCCGUUGUUGAAAACGGGUGUUUCGCAGAACUGAAAACCGAAGUUGCGCGGCUCUCAGAUUUCACUCAAAAGCUUAUACAAGAUGCUGGAAUCGCUGGGAACUCCGGUGAUGUUUGCGGGUAAGUUCUCAUUCAUGGUGUUGUAGAUGUAUCACCAAGUGUUCGGUGUUUGUAUUGCUAGAAACUGCAUUUAGUACGCAUGUUAACUGUACAUCGAACCUGUUACCUAUCUUUUAGAUGUGACAGAAAUGGCAGUGAGAUAAUGAAUUAAAAUGGCGUUUUGUCAAGACAAUGUAAUAUGUCGGGGUCCAAAAUUCCCAUAUUUUUUUCAGUUUGUGUUUAAAUGUAUUAAAUGUGAUUAUAACAUCUAUAUAACACGAUUUACGAAA